GAAAGGGGGGAUGUCGAGCUGUUUCUUUUUUUUUUUCUUUUUCUCUUUUUUUUUUUACACUUGAAGCUUGUCUACAGGAAUUAGGUGUCUUUCCCCACCGCAUAUUGUUUUCCUCCCCGUAGUUGUGGUUGGGGAGCUGGUAAGGUGGGUUAACUCCAGCUCAAGUCUCCGUGAAGCGCAAGAGCGCCUGAUGACGUUUGGGUUGGAUGACCAAUCGGGAGGCGCUGCCCUUUGGAGACAAACCAUUUUACUUGUAGUGUCUGCAUCAAGUCUGGAAGCGAGGGCUCAGUUUUAACAGAAACCACCUUAAAAUCUCGCCCCUUAACUUAUGCCUACCUUUCCGCCACUUUGAGGGAGAACACCACAGGACAAGGAGAAGGGAAAAAACGUGGUGGUGCUGAGGAGGAGGAGGGGGGAUAAAGACACCGCUGGAAAUUUCGGGUGUUAAUAGGAGAGUAUCUUCUCCGGCUGGAGAGGAGGGAGAGACAACAGCACAGCGAGAGAGAGAGAAAACCGAUUUGGUCUUGAGAGAGAGUGUGUGUUUGGAUGUGUGUGUGUGUUGGGGGGGUGGGGGAGGGUGAGUGCUCUCAAGGCAGAAAAUUCGAUGAUGACCAUGACAACGAUGGCUGACGGUCUGGAGGCUCAGGACUCGUCCAAGUCUGCGUUCAUGGAGUUUGGACAGCAGUCGCACUCACAGCAGAGCUCCCCGUCGAUGGCCGGCGGCCACUACCCGCUGCACUGCCUCCACUCCGGCUCGCACGCUCACCACCAGCACGACAGCAGCAGCGCGUACCCGGGGAGCAACACCUACAACAGGUCGCUGCCUUACCCGUACGUGAGCCAUCCGCACCACAGCCCCUACCUGCCUUCGUACCACAACAACACGGGAGGACAGACAAGGUUAGACGGCGCAGAGCAGCAGAAAACGACAGUGAUUGAAAACGGGGAGAUUCGUUUUAAUGGGAAAGGCAAGAAGAUUCGCAAACCGCGGACGAUUUAUUCCAGUUUGCAGCUCCAAGCACUGAACCACCGUUUCCAGCAGACGCAGUACCUCGCUUUACCUGAGCGCGCGGAGCUGGCGGCCUCUCUGGGAUUGACACAAACACAGGUAAAGAUUUGGUUCCAGAAUAAGAGAUCAAAGUUCAAGAAGCUGCUGAAGCAAGGUGCCAACCCGCACGAGAGCGACCCCAUCCCGGGCUCCMUGUCCCUGUCACCGCGCUCCCCGACCAUCCCUCCAAUCUGGGACGUCUCGGCCACUUCCAAAGGAGUAAACAUGCCGGCCAACAGCUAUAUGGCCGGCUACUCUCACUGGUAUUCCUCCCCACAUCAAGAUUCAAUGCAGAGAUAGACUGGCGAGGCAGUAAGGAGGGGUUGGAAGAAUCAGUGAGCUURUCUGCAGGCCCCUAAUGCGGAUCUCCAUCUUGCAGUCCUUCAAUUUGUGUGUCAGCGCAAAGACUGGAUGCAGGAAAGGACAGAGGACAAAACACAGUCUAGCCUCGGGUGCAGAGUCACAAACACGAGGACUACUUUUUUUUUUCAAACGGCUGUUCAGUGGCAUUUGGUCUGCUUUCAUUCAUGUCAUAUCCGAAUAUACCAAAAAAUAUAAGAGACAUUUAUUUCCAGGAAAGAAAGACUCGCUCCAUGCGCUUUGACGCACAGAACUCUUUUCUUUUUCUUGGUUACCAUGAUGGACUCCUGACUGCAUUUGAUUUUUUGGAUAUUUUUUGGUUGUUUCUCCAACAUGCAAGCAAAUUGUCUGUCUGUAAAUAUAAUUUGCAAAACUUUUAGUUGUACAUACACUUUUUAUGUUUUGUCAGAAUGAGUAAACCGUGACUCAAACAGA